AUGCCUGCAAAGAAACAAGUAGCACCACCAUCACAGAAGAGCAAGCCUUCAUCAUCAACAGGCAGGAAAUCAGCAUCCACAACAACAAAAAAGAACAAGGCUUCUUCUUCAUCAACAAAAGAAACUAAACAACAAGAAUUAAAGAGAAAACGUGAUGCUGAUAGUGAUUCCGAACAAGAAGAAGAAAUUAAUAAUUUAAAUGAAUUUGAUGGUGAUGAAUUAGUAUCACAUAAGAAUGAUUCUAAAAAAGUUAAAUUUGAAGAAGAUGAUGAUGAUAAUGAAGCUAUUGAAUCAUUAAAACAAAAAGAACCACCACAAAAUAGACAACCAGGUCUUGAAGAUGAAGAAACUAAAAAGGAAUUAUCAGCAGUCAUUUCUGAAAUUUUAAAUAGACAAAUUCAAAAAGAUAAAUCACAAAAGAUUUCAACUGAAUUACCUUUAUUAGUAAAUUCUAAAGCAAAGACUUAUCAACGAUUUAUGGAAUUUAUGAAAGAAGAAAAAGAAGUUAAAUCUGUUGAAAAGCAAAGAAGAAGAUUACUUCUUAGAAAUUGUCAAGCUCCAGCUAUUUCAGAUUGGGAAAAGGAAAAAUCUCUUUCAAAUGUUGCUACUCAAGGUAUAAUUAAAUUAUUGACUGCUGUUUUACAAAAGAAGAGAGAAUCUAAUAAUGCUUAA